ACGCGCUUGGAGUUAUCCUGGCUGGACAGCGUCACCGUAGAGGCUGGGGCCUGAAUUUAAGCAUCCAUUUGGAAAGUCGGUAGUCAGAAGCUGGAGACCUCGGCCCACUAAUCUUAAGAAGCGAGAGGGAUGGCCUCCGCACAAACCAAAGAUGAGGAGGAGGACGAGGACGAGAAGGCGGCGGCGAGCAUUCCCCCCGCCCGGGCUGCCCCGUGGGAUCCCGGCUUACCAACCACCGUGGCCAGUUCGCCCCUCAGCACAAGUGACCUUUCUGCUCACAACGAUGAUGGCCUGCCACUGGCCGCUGCUGGCUGCACCCACCCAACAGUAGAUGAGAGCUGGGAAGACGUGCACCCGGAGAAAGCAGACGGGGAUUGUGGGAUCUUGGAGAAGGACUCAUCCCCGCUGUUGCCUGAGGACCUAGAAACCUCUGAAGAGCCUCCGGCUGGCCCUCCUGCUGAGGCUGCCUCCGUGUCUCCGGCCAGCCCCGCAAGUGAGGAGCUCUCCUUGCCCGCCCUGGAUGCUGCUGUGGCAGAACAGAGACCCCUUCUCUCUGGGGAGAGCUUGCCGACAGCUCCGCCGCUUCCACAGACAGACCCCUCCGCGGACCAGACCGGUGCCGUCCUUAACUGCUCCAAGGCUGAGCUGGGAUCCUUGAUCUUGCAGCAUGGCAGGAGGCAGAAUGGGUGCCCGGAUUUGGAGGAUACGGCCUUGGCAGCAUCUCCACACGGGGAGAAACAGGAUGUGGACGGUGCCUCCCAAAAGCCCUCCCAGAACAUUGCAGUCCAGACUGACUUCAAGACCUCUGACCUGGAAGUGAAUACUGAUCAGGACAUUGAGAAGAACUUGGAUAAAAUGAUGUCUGAGCGGGCUCUGUUGAAGGAGCGCUACCAGGAAGUGCUGGACAAGCAGAGGCAGGUGGAGAAUCAGCUCCAGGUGCAGCUGAAGCAUCUGCAGCAGCGAAGGGAGGAAGAGAUGAAGAAUCACCAGGAGAUCCUGAGGGCUAUUCAGGAUGUGACUGUUAAACGGGAAGAGACCAAGAAGAAGAUGGAAAAGGAGAAAAAGGAAUUUCUGCAGAAGGAGCAGGACCUAAAGGCAGAAAUUGAGAAACUCUGUGAGAAAGGCAGAAGGCUGCUGAAGGAGCAGGAGGAGAAGGAGAGCAAGAUCGUUUCGCUCAUUGCCGAGCAGUCCGAGGAGAAGGAAGUCUGGGAGAUGGAACUGGACAAGCUGAAGAAUCAGCACAACGAGAUCAACAGGUCGAUUCUGGAGGAGACGGAGCGGGCUUGGAAAGCAGAGAUCCUGUCCCUGGAGAGCCGGAAGGAACUGCUGGUGCUGAAGCUGGAGGAGGCAGAGAAGGAAGCAGAGCUACACCUCACCUACCUCAGGUCGGCACCCCCCUCGCUGGAGACCAUCCGGCCCAAGCAGGAGUGGGAGACCAGGCUGAACAGAAUACGGAUGACCAAGGAGAGCGUCCGAGACCAGUUCAAUGAUCACAUCCACCUGGUCCGGAACGGGGCCAAGCUGAGCAGCCUCCCGCAAAUCCCCACGCCGCCCUUGCCGCCCCCACCGCUCGAGACAGACUUCCUGCUGCCAGCCUUCCAGCCCAACUCGGCCCCCCUCGCCCCACGGCUCCCCUUCCCCAUUGGGUCGGUGCCCAUGCCCAUGGUCAUGCCCAGCGCGGACCCCCGGGUGCUGUCGUUCCCGCUCCUCAGCCCCUCCCUCUCCAGGCCCAGCCAGCCCUCGCCCCCUUUGCCUGCGGCUCCCCAGGGCCGGAGCAGCCCCGUGCUCGCCUCCCUGGCCAGCCCCCACGGGGCCCCCGGGGCGACGCCCCCUGCCCCGCCCGGCCUGGGGGGGGUCAAGCCGGCCGCGGAGUUCCACCGACCCCCGCCCGUGGACAAGCUGGAGAAGAUCCUGGAGAAGCUCCUGGCGCGAUUUCCGCAGUGCAGCAAGGCCCAGCUGACCAACCUCCUGCAGCAGAUCAAAGCGGCACGAAGGACUCUGGCGGGGCUCACCAUGGAGGAGCUGAACCAGCUGGUGGCGGCCAAGCUGGCAGAGCAGCGGGAGAGAGCGGCCGCAGCGGCCGCCGUCGGCACACAGCCACACGGACGGAUCUGUGCUCCCAUGUUCCCCAGUCCUCUGCCACAGAUCAGCAGCCCCAUCUUCUUGCCUCCUGCCCAGGUCGCCUAUGCUGGGACUUCCCCGCAGGCUCCUGCGGCUUGCAAACUCUGCCUGAUGUGCCAGAAGCUGGUGCAGCCCAACGAGCUCCACCCCAUGGCCUGUUCCCACGUGCUGCACAAGGAGUGCAUCAAGUUCUGGGCCCAGACCAACACGGACGACGCCUGCCCCUUCUGCCCCAGCCUGAAGUGACCCCGGAGCGCAGAGGCCGGCAGCCGCACUCGCCCGGGAGGGCAGCAGAAUGCCAGCGAGACUGGGCCUCCCCAGAACUUCUGCAAUUCUAUAUUUAUACGGCCAUGUAUACACAUGUACAUUUUUAUUCUAGAGGGAAUGUGUGUAUAGAAAGUCUGUAUACAUACCGUUCAUAAUAAAGUGUGUAUAUUAUGCA